CCUCCGAUCAACCCGAUAUCGCCUAUUCCUUCUCUCUACUGCUUGCAUUAGAGUAGUGUAGCAUGUUACUGCUUUUGGUUAAUUCUAUUCUACUGCAUAGCCUGUCUUUGCUAUUAUUGUUGUUAUAUUUACCUGCAAUCCUAUGGCCAUGGUCAUGGGGUGGACGACGCACAGGCAGAGAGGCAGAUGUCGCUAUAUCAGACCCCGUGCUCCCUCCCACCGCUGUACACACCGGCCGGGGAUAUAUGGGGAGUUGUCCGAAAUACUCCACGGCGUACGUACGUCCAGCCAGCCACGGAAAUGUUACUGCAAUGCGCCAAUGCAUGCGUUGUCACGGCGUCCAGCUAGCUUUUUCGAGGCCAUGCGAAAACGACGUGCCCCGAUCGAGGAUUUUCCACGGGGAGCUAGCGUGCGAGGCGAUCGAUCAUGGACAGACCGCGGUGCUCGUGUUAAUUGGGUUUCGCCGUCGGCGUCUCAUCACUACUCCCACAGCGAUCGAUCGCGCACGAAACGUACCUGCGCUCGCGGAAGGAUCGCGCCUUCUUUUUAUUUGCUGCUGUUGCGGGUGGCCCGGGACCGACGGCGACGUGCGGCGGCAAAUGGCGACCCGCGGGCGUCACGUACGUACGCAGCCUGUUCGGCUGCUCCACCACCACCAGCUCGACCAGUGACGUGACGGCGCCGGCGGCGAGAGCGUGAGAUGGUCAUGUACUCAUGUAUAAUUGGGAACAGCGCAAACCUCUUUUUACCGGAGGGGAUAUGUACCGGAGCGGCAUCCACAGUUGGCAUUGUUUGCCAUUCGUGCCUUUUGAUGGCCCACACGUUUGUAUAUGAGUGUAUUCAUCUGCCCGGGCCGUUGUAUUGAUCAUUACGUCCUAUCAAUGGUUGGCCCCACUUAUUAUUAACUCCUUUUCUUUACCCCCCUAGUCCUCACCCACCCCCCGCAAACCUAUCUUCUUCUUCCAUCGGUUUCCAUGAUUCAUCCGCCGCCAUCUCCUCCGCCGCCUGGCCGCGUUCUUCGCGGCUGAACUGUUGAUUUCUUCCCCGUCGCCUCGGCAGCCGGCCCGCGUAUUUUGGCGGCUCACCUGUCGCUUUUCUUCCCCUCCGACUGACCUACUUCCGCCGCCCUCAUUAGUUCGUAAAGAUGACUAAUUCUGCACGCCGUCGCCGGAAAUCUCCAACCUUUGAGACAACUAACUCUGAUGAAAGCUGUAGCGUCGACAUGAGUGAUACUGAUGUUUCCUCUCAAUCAAAAUCAACCAGGAAUAGCCGUAGAAGAUCUCCGAAGAAACUUAAGAGAGCAGCUUCCCCCGAAGUUAAGCAGACAAUCAAUUGGAAAUGUGAUCCAAACAAGAUACGCGCCAUUAUAAAAAAACUAUGUCCAGAACAGCUACAAUGGAUAGAAGAAUUGGGAUUUGGAUCACUCAUUCACAUGAUUGAGUGCAAGUUACCCAGAAAGCUAACUAUAUGGCUGAUGAAAAGAGUAGACUGCGACAACAAGUGUCUAGUAUUCAGAAACAGGAAGGUUUCUAUAGUACAAGUUGUUGAAAACCUGUUGAAGUUACCUGCUCUUGACAAAGCAGUUCCAAUGCCCCGUCCAGGUAGGGUUCGUGACAAACCUUUCAGAGGUAAAACUGAAUUCAAGUCUGCUACGGCCGGAAGAGGAGAAUCACUCAAGGAAGCGACAGACAUGAUGUUAACGUACAAAGAGGAGAAAGACAAGGACAAGUUUUGCUUGUGUUUCAUGCAAGUCAUUCUGCACCUACUUAGCUCCGACGACUGGUUACCAAAUUAAUAGAAGUUACCUGCUAGGAGCUUUGAAGGACUUGAGCGACAUCCCUCGUAUGAAUUGGUGUCGUUUUGCUGCUGAGUACCUUAUCGAGGCAAUCCGUGAAUCAAGGAAAAACAAAGUGCCCAACCUGAAUGUCGGUGGAUGCGUACAUAUUCUACAUCUCAUAUAUGUGGAUCUACUUCAAUCACAUUUAGUCAAAAUACCUCAGGGUUACCCAAGGAUUAAAUGUGGGUUCAGCAGUACUGGAACAAAUAGAUCAUACUGGAAAAAAGAAGACACAUGACCAUUGCAAGUUGUUUGAGAGCUUACUGGACGAUGAAAAGUUAGCAAUGUUCCCUACUGCAGAAGACCAUAAUGAUGAUCUUGAUGAUCACGAAAAAUCUACACAUUCCACCCCACCAGUAACAACUAAUAUAAGUACUGUACCUGGCCAGGAGAAAUAUAAACUUCCUCCACAAGUAGUACAAGUUUCUAAAAAGCGCCUGUCACAUCAACCUACAGAUGAGAUUCUUGAAGACCAGUACACAGCCGAUCGACAAAGGUUGAUAACUGUGUCUGAACGAAAGCUUCAAAACAAACUGCAACAGCUUCAAAUUAAGAAAACCAAGGAAAUGGCAGCCUUGGUCCAGGAAGAGAUUCAGAAGGCUAUGUUACCGAUGAUUGAUGAUGCAUGUCCAGGAAGUUCUCUACACAAUGAUGAUGCAACUUUGACGAAACGAACUAUAGGAACACAAAGUCCAUGUCACUCCAAUCUAGAUGAAGCUGUUCUCAAUUCUUCCCAGUCUGCUCAACUGGUUCACGAAACUAGCACUCAUGUUGAUGUCACCCAGCAGUUGACAGCCGGAACACCGGCAUCUCCAACCUUCAUGAAUGAAACUUUAGAAAUUGGUACUCAUGAAUCAGAACCAGGAACCAAUUUUGUGAACAUUGAAGGUGUCGAAGCUGACAACUUCCAUCCUGCUUCGCCAAUGCUUGCUCAGAUUACUCAGUACGAGCCUUCUUCUUCUAAAGAAUUGACUACCACGGAUCAGAUUGUUGAGGCUGAACCUGCUGCUUGUAAAGAUCCAUUGGUGGAAAGCAUUUGCACUUUUCAAAAUCUCAAGUCUGAUGCUACAGCAUGUUCUGCAACAACCGCCUUAGAAAGACAAGAGACUUUUGUUGCCAAUGUGGUACCGUCAUCAAAUAAUUCUGCUUCUACACAUCCCCCAGAAUUAGUCUCUGAAGUCAUCGUUCCCACAACUGCAAUUGUUAUUCCCAACAUUGCUGCAGACCAAGUCCAGUCACAUUCUGUUCAAACUGAGAGAAGCAACAUGCCAAGUGAAGAUUCAUCAAUAAUGAAGUUUGUUGGUACUGAUGGUCAAGCGGAUAGUGCUUUUCUUCUACCUGUUACUAGUGCUCAUAAUGUGCUUGGACAUGGCAACCAAGGGGAUCAGCCAGAGAGUAAUGCAUUUGCUGUUCAACAUCCACAACAGGAUUCAUCCAAAGAUGUUUUGCAUGAAGUAGGUAAUACCGUUACUAUGGCACCAACUGCUGAUGGAAUUCAAGAGAUUGCCUUCAUUGAUCCAAAAACAACAAAAUCUUCAUCUCAAAUAGAUGUUUCUGAUGCACAGAAAGCUACCAAGAAUCAUAGUUUCCCACACAAUCCUGCAUCAGAUGUUGUUCAACUACAACAUACAGACAAGACGACACUUGAAGAUGGCAUUCAGAAACAAUCGAAUGAUCAUUUGGAAAAUCUUGAUGUCAGCAAAAUUGAUAUUCUAUCGACGAAAGAUAUUGAAAUUGCUGAUACUGAUUCCACUUCAAAAGAUGUUCCAAAUAUUUCUUCCCCACCUUUAUCCAUACAAAUAGUAGGUGAUGUAUCAAUUAUGUCAGUCAGUCAGAUGACCAGGGAAUAUGAUAGGAUGAAUGUACCAGCGGGUGCUACUAUUCAUACUACCCAACAUAAUGUUGCAUCUACGCUCCAGGAAGUCUCAAGAAUUGAAGAUAAUCAGCCUAUUGUUUUGGAAACUUCUGUUCUGCCCGACCAUAGCUCCUCCAGUUUGGAUGUUUUGCAGAUAGACCCUUCUAAGUUACCUGAUGAUAUGCCAAAACCAAGCACUGUACCCUCAGAUAUCACAUUGCAAAUUGGUCAAACCUCACCAAAGGAAUCCUCAACACUGCAAGAUUCUGAUAAAAAAAUACUAGACAAAUGUGUGGAAAUGAUUCUAUGUAUGACACCGAAUCUAGCACCUGCAAAUGAUAACAACGAAUCACUAAGUCUUGCUAUCAAUGAAGUGCUCAGUGAAAACUUAGAACAAACUCUUGCAUUAGCAGAAAUACAGACUCAGUGCACUGCAGGAGACAUAGAAUCAUCAUCUUGUCAGUCUACACAAGAAGAUGUUGCAAACGUUGCCCAAAUGGAUAUAACUGCAAAAAAACAAGAUGAAUCCCAAGAACAUCCUUCCGACAAUUCAUCUGCCCGAGUAAGUUCUGAGCGCACCAAAGAUGAUGAUAUAUCUAAAGUGGGCAAGCAAGAUUCAGACUCUCAUACUUCUUAUUUAACUCCUAGACACAGCUUCAGAGAUAUAGAGAUAGUUCACAUAGCCGAUGAACCUUCAUCUCCUAAAACAAUUGAUUGUGACCACAUCUCUAAGCUUGCUGAGCCAUUACCAGAUGGAGAAUGUUUUGAUUGUGCUGGUAGCAUAAAUCCUUCUAUGAAGAUGAGAAAACAGCGUUAUCAGAAGAAAGAGGAGAUCGUCGAAGGUAUAUCUGAGCUCAUAAAGAAGAAGCAAUAUCUGGUGAAGAAGUUGAACGACAUGUACAAUACUCUUGUCGCCUGUAGCAAGUUCCGAGGUUUACGUAAGACACGACGACGCAACGAUAAUGACACAGGUGGUACCAAGAUAAGGAUAGGUCCAGCUUCUGUAACAGAAAGAGAGUUAGUAUAAUGCCUAAUGCCAAAAGGAAAGAUGUGCAAAAAUAUGAUGUGGUUACUGUCCGUGGCACUUAUGUAUGAUUGGGGAUCAAAGACCAAGAUUAUAUUGGACCAGACUAUUAUAACCGAAUUGCUAAAAAGGAAAUAAAUGCAACCAUGCAUAUCUCUGCAAGAAGCUUAGAAAGUUGCCACUUCAAAAUGUUGAGCAGCUAUUUCUGCCUACACUAUCGGACAACCAUUGGAUUCUGGCUGUCAUUAACCUCACGCAAAACACAAUUGAAAUUUAUGACUCUAACUUAGAAGUCAAAGAAGGUGAACACCCGCACAGGGUUAUGUUGGAGAACAUGGCCAGCAAUCUCCAAAAAUCAUUGAAUGAUUGUCUCCACAAGAGUGCUUUCGCAUUUACUGAUUUCCCAAUGAAGUAUUGUUCUACUGGAAAACAAACAAACAAUCCUUCUGUGUCACAAUGGCAAAGAGCUCAUUGGAAAUUACAAGUGGGCAAUGGAUGUCUUCAGGAAGGAAAUAUGCUAUAUCCUUGUUUACCACCGCUUCAAUGAUCUCAAUCCAAGGAGGCCUGAGAUUAAGAAGAUAGCAUCCGCCGUGAAGACAACAACAGACUGAUUCCUCCACCAUGUUGUUGCCUAUGUAGCCUUCGCUACGUACUGCAAGUUAUUUCAUAUGAUGUACUAGUUUCAUCUGAAAUGAACAAUGUUCAUUCCGUGCAAUCGUCGUUAUGUAUGGUACUUUUAAACUAUUAAGGUUAUUCCCUGCUUUAUAACCAAUGUUUGUAUUGCCAGUAUGUAAGGAAAUGACAGCACAACUUCUUGCUGUCUUCUAAUCACUUUAUGUAUCUCAUAUUUCCGCUACUAACAGUAUAUAUUGCACUCACGGUCUCUAUCAUUCUUAAAUUCUGUAUAAUAUAUUUCUAAAACGUACUCUUAA